AUGGCUGCUGAAAAGAAUAGUAAUGAAAAAAACAAGAGGCAAAGAGUAGCCCUGGCUUGUGAAGGUUGUCGUCAGAGAAAAACCCGGUGUGAUGGAGUUCAACCUAUAUGUGGGAUAUGCUUGAAGAGAAAAAUUCCUUGUGUAUAUGGGAAGAAAUAUACAAGAGCUCAUGUGAGUGUGGAAUAUGUUAAAAGCUUAGAGGAGAAGCUAGGUAUUUUAACGAAUGAUAAAAAUAGGUCUGUUGAUAUGAAUCGUUCGUCUUCAAUUAUAAGUGAGGGUAACCUGAACGAUAAUGAGUCAGACAGAGGAGAAUCAGUGGCUCAUUCGGUAACAGGCUCUCAAGGUGUUACAUAUCCACAUACACCUGUGUCAGAUUCUCAUGCCGGUACAGAUCAAAAGUUACCGAAAUCCAAGGAUACUGCUAUACAACCGAAUGGCGGAACGUUUAAUUUCAAAGAAGAAAAUCUGGCGAGUGAUGCUAUGGGGGCUGGUUCCGGAUCAACUACGAAUGUAGCAAAAGAUAAAGGUUUUUAUGGAAGGUCAGCGGCUAUGUCAUUUAUGAAGGAGCUUUUUGCUUCAGUUGAUGAUAAACCAGUAGAUAACGUUGAACUGGCAUCAGAAAUACCAGCUAUAUAUAGGAUGAGUAGAAAUGAAAAGGAAAGAUCUAGUAUUAGCUUGUCUGGAAUAGUCGUGCCUCCUAGAAGUGUGGCCGAUGGCUACGUUAAGAAUUACUUCGAGUAUGCUUAUCCACUUUAUCCAUUUGUUCACAAACCAACAUUUAUGUCUGCAUAUGAAGAGAUAUGGUCUGGCGAUGCAGAUAGCUGUGAAGUAGACGAAUUAUUUUACUCCAUAUUAAACCUUAUAUUUGCUUUUGGGUAUCGUUUAUCGCCGUUGGGGGAACGCUUAGAAAAACAUAUAAGUGCCAAUGUGUAUUUUGAGAGAUCACAAGAACUUUUGAAGUUUCAUUUAAUGGAUUCUGGAUCACUUUUGUUAAUUCAAGCAUUAUUACUAACGGGUCAGUUUCUACAAGCUACAACACGGCUGGCCGGAUGUUGGAAUAUAGUUGGCCUCGCAAUACGGAUCGCUCAGGGUUUGGGACUCCACGCGGAAAAAAGUAUGUCGCCCAAAAGAAGCUAUAUAGAACAGGAAAUUGAGAAGAGAUUAUGGGAUGGCUGUUUAUUGAUGGAUAAAAUAGUCUCUAUGACAUUUGGGAGACCGUUGAUGGCUGUCCUGGAUCAUGCACAGGAACCACCUGUUUAUAUAGAUGAUGAAUUUAUUACCGACACCAGUAUAGCUUAUCCUCCGAAAGAAAAAGCUUCAGUUUUGAGCUUUUUCUCUGAAACCGUGAAAUUAUAUGAUAUAUUGGCUGAUAUAUUGAAGUUCUUUUAUUCUGACACCAGCCCGGAUUACGUCGAUUUAUUUGUGAGUAUAUUUAAGUUCCAAGAAAGGCUUUAUGAUUUUCAAGAUAAUAUUCCAAAUCAUAUUAAGUUUGAGACUUGCUUACAAGAAUCUCCAUAUCAACGUCAGAGUAUUGUGCUCCGAAUUAGGUAUUUACAUUUGAAGAUCAUGCUCUACAGACCAAUUUUAUUUCCUAAGAAUAGAGACAGGAAGAGAGAUAAUAGGAUGAAACACGCAGAGCUAUAUGUUUCUAGUCAAAGAUCUAUAUCUACAUUGUGUGUGGAAACGGCUAUGGAACUAAUCAAUUUGAUUAGUCAAUAUAGAUAUGCCGAUAUAACUUUACUUCCAGCCGUCUGGUACAAUAAUUUUUAUAUUUACACUGCAACAUCAGUUUUGUUAGCUGCGAGACUACAACCGUUUCUUCAGGACGAAGUGAAUAUGGAUAAAUUUGAAUCAGCUUGGAACUUGGGAUUGGAACUACUUGCAUCAUAUCUGUCACGAUCCACGUCGGCAGCACGCUGCAUAAAAGUACUAGAAAUGGUGAAUGAAAAAAUCAGACAUAGUAGUCAACAGAAAGAGAAUAAUUUAAAUCAAGCUGAUUAUGAAAAUCAAUCAAAAAUAAGCCCGUCAGAAGUUCCAUCAGAUUUACUUCUUUCAUUGAUGUACGACACUCCAGGCUCAUUUGCUGAUCCAUUUUCGUAUUCAGGUGAUAUUGAUCGAUUUUUUGCAUAA